GAAAGGUAGUCAGGGCGCUCAUGUGGAAGUGUGCCACUCUAUUUGGGAAAGCAGGAAGCACGCAAACUGACGCUGGAGCUCCAGAAGCGCGCAAGGACCUUUAAAACCUGCAAACUGUAACUGCAAACACUGGACAUUGCAUAAGGACUUAUUUAAAACACUUUACCACGUGCAUUUACUACAGGGAGCGGUAGAUUGGGUGCAAUUACGUGACGUGUCACAGCUGUUGAAAAUAUUAAAUUUAAAUUGUUUAAUUUAAUUUGAGAAAACCUCCGACAAGGAAGACGCAAUUUGGACAUUUAGAAUCGUUUUGUGGAAUAACUGCUGAAAUUGGAUGGACUAUUCGGGCGGACUACUGUUUGGAUUUUCCUUCAAUUAAACUUGUCUUGGCGUUCGAGAUGAGUUAUUUGACGUCACUGUUACGAGUAUUUGCCGCGGUGCAGUUGAGCCUUUUACCUGGACAGAGUUCUUCGUUGGUCAAUGUAAACAGCACUGAUAAAGUGAUGCUGUUUCAGGAGGUUUGGGGGAAGAGCUUCUGCCGCACUAUAGAGAAGCUGGUGGAGGUGGUUCAGGAGUACCCAGGGGAGGUGGAGCACAUUUUCAGCCCCGCCUGCGUGCCAUUGGUCCGUUGCGCUGGUUGCUGUGGCGAUGAGAAUCUGGAGUGUCACCCUACGCUCACUUCCAACACCACCAUGCAAUUAUUAAAGAUUAAGCCAGCAGAGCAGGGCCAGGAAUAUGUGGAGAUGACCUUUGUGGAGCACAAAGCCUGUGAAUGUAGACUAAGAAAACCUACAACAAAACAAGACAGAUGGAAACCCAGAAAUAGAGGGAGAAAAAGGAAGGAGAAGCAGAAAGCCAAAGACUGUGACCGGUGUCAGCCUCCCCGCAGGUAAACGCUGUCUCGCCAUGAUGCCAGUCAAUCACGCGCAUCCGCCCCUCUCUGUGCGACCCUCACCAUGGUCAUCAUUCACUCCUGGAUCCCGCCACCUCUCCACACUCCUCGAUCCAGGCGCAGAGCUGUAAUGGUAGAGGGGCUUCUGUCAGCACACGGGGGAGCUUCCAGUCAUCCAUACCGAAAAACUGCUGCACAGCUCUUACUGAAGAAAAAAACAAAACAAAAAACAACAGCAGGAGACCAAACUUAAAAUCUUAGACUGACGUCAACCCUUUGGACAUUAUCAUAAUAAUAUAAUAAGAUAAUUAUUUUAUUGUUUAAUAGUAAUAUUAUUAUUAGUAGAAGUAGCAUAGUUACAAUAGCGACCAGUCUUCCCUCUUAUUUAUUAAAAUCCGCUGAAGUAAAACAGCUGCAUUCCAUGAUUAGGGAUCAACAAAGGCAUUGUGUAUUUGGAAAGAAGUCUAGAAGGAAUCACACAAUGAAAAUGCCAAAGAUGUUUUCAUCUCUUUACUGCUAUGCAAACUAUAUUACCCUUUAAUUAAGCGAAAACCUCGUCAGACGCUCAUACGUGAUGCUGUGGUUAAAACUCCAGACUAGAGCUUCUGUGUGAGUUUAGCACUAUGGCAAGCCUUUUUAGCAUUCAUUUUCCUUUGGCUUAAUGCCUUAUUUAUCAGCAAUCACCACAGCGGAAUGAACCGCCAACUGUUCCAGCAUAUGUUUUAUGCAGUGGAUAUCAUUCCGGCCACAACCCAUACAUACACUCUCUCACUGACAUUCAUUCGCUACAGCAUCUUUAAAUUAUCCAAUUCACCUUUACCGUACGUGUUUGGACGGUGGGGGAAACUAGAGCAGCCAGAGGAAAUACAUGCGAGCACAGGACAACAUGCAAACACACAGAAAUGCCAACUGACCCAUCCGUGUUUUUAACCAGCAACCUUCUAGCUGUGAGGCGAUAGUGCUAACCACUGAGCAACCAUGCUGCCCGCCAUUUUAAAGUUUAAUAUUUUAAAUACACUACUGUCUAUUUUCACACUACUAGUACUUACUUUUUAAGAUAGUACCUUUUCUAUUACAUAUUCAUUAGCUACUUGUACACAUUCUUUAGGUACUGAAGUGAUUUUUUUCAUCACAGACCAAUGGUAGCGCAAAGAUGUUUAGGACCAAAACAAACUCCAAAAUGUUUGCUGCAAAAAGAACUUUGUUUUGGCUGGAUUUUGUUCAAAAUGAUGUAAUUUCAGUUCUUUUUUUAUUUUGUUUGAAGUAUAUCGGGGCCCUUACUUCUUAGAUAAUAGUCUUUCCUGAUUAGCAAUUAGUGCUUAUUUAGUACAUGCUAGUACACAUGUAUUGGUAGUUCUAGUACUUGUAGUAAAUAAAUAAAUAUAAACACGUAAAUAAGUAAUUAAUUAAUCUACUAAAUAAGUAAUAUCUAUAAUACAUACUAAUAUUAAUCAAAUAGGUAAUAGGUCUAAUGCAGGGGUUCCAAACUCGGUUGCUGGAGGGCCACAGCCCAGUACAGUUUAGUUCUAACCCUGCUUCAACACCGUAACCUUCAUUCAUAUUUUUUUCGGCCUAGUCCCUUUAUUAAUCUGGGGUCGCCACAGCGGAAUGAACCGCCAACUUAUCCAGCACAUGUUUUAUGCAACGGAUGCCUUUCCAGCUGAAACCCAUCAUUAGGAAAAACACACUUAACUGUAGGUUUCAAAAAAGCCUGAAUCACAAAAUUAGUUUGAUCAGGUGUUUUUAAUUAGGGCUGGAACUAAACUGUGCAGAGCUGCGGGCCUCCAGGAACUAAGAUUAGCUGUGUCUGAAAUCGCCUACUUCCAUACUAUAUAGUACGCUAAAAUAGUAUGUCAGUCGAGUAGUAUGUCUGGAUUCAUAGUAUUGGAUAAACAGUAUGUGAGAAGUACCCGGAUGACCUACUACAUCCGACGAGAUUCUGAAGUGCGUAAUCAGAUAAUCGAUACGCUAUCCCACGAUGCACCAUGCAAGAAUUUAUGACUGGGAGUGAAGCAACGCAACUGACCUGGGUAGAUCAUGUGAUGAUGACAAAUUGGCGCAUGUAGUAUGUCCGAGUUCUAUUCAUACUACUGACAUUCUUACUGUAUAGAAUGUACUUUUCUAAUGGCUGAAUAGUACGCUUCAAUUCAAAUGCAGUACCUACUGAGUAGUAGGUGAUUUCAGAUGCAGCCUUUGUCACCUAUGGCCUAAAAUAUCUAAUAUCUAAAUACAAAUUAAUAAUAUUAGUGCAAUUAACAAACAAUAGUAUCUGUUUACAGGUAAUACUGUCUAUCAAAUGAGAACUAGUAUCGAAUAAAAGGUGCACAUCUAAAAAAAUAAGUUCUAGUACCUAAUGAAUAACUAUUAAUAUACAGAUAAAUGGUAGUCAGAAUGAAUAAUAGACCUCAGUGACACAAAAGUCAACAAUAAUAUUUCAUUUGUUACUAGUGACAACAGAAUAUUUACUCAUCUUGGCUGAAUAAAUGUAUUGAAGUAUGUUUUAUAGAUUGAUUGUUAAAACGGCUUGCCAUAUUCUUCAAAUAAGUGGAUUGACAUACUGACCUCUAGUGGCAAUAAUGAAAGACUUAAAAACACUCGCAAAGUGUUUUUGGAUUAACGUUGUCCUGAAAGUCAUUCCACAAGAAUAUAUAUCGUUUAAAUAUUUACGUUUAGGUAGAAAAUAAAAGAUUUAAUGUGUGCACUGUGUGAGGACAAAGACUUUGCUCUGAAAGGACCAGUCAACAUGAAACGAGACAGACGUUCAAUCAUGAUUUGAGUGAAUGUUGAUGCUUUUUAUUAUUCUUCUGUCAGUGAAAGUGAAUGAUUUCCUACACUUUGGACUCUGUAAAGUGCGGGAACUGAACCAAAGAAGCAUUAUUAUCUAUGCUGCUGACUGAGUGCAGGGCCCUAAAUAUAAAUGCAAUAAUUUUCACUAAAGGGCUAUUAAUUGCCAAAGUAUAAAAAUGUUGUAUGUUUCUAAAAAAAAUACUGUUGAUAUGUAUGAAAACUAUACAAAUUUAAAAGUACCUUUCGUUAUAGA